GUCUAAUUCUAACCAUGUCCACUGCGACCUCCUCCAAUACCACCGCCACCAACGCCCGCACUCACCACCCCUCCUCGUCCUCCACCACCUCCAACGCCCAGCCCGCCACCCAGGCCUGCGCCGCCUGCAAGUACCAGCGCCGCAAGUGCAACCCCGACUGCACCCUCGCCCCCUACUUCCCCGCCGACCAGCAGCGCCAAUUCCUCAACGCCCACCGCCUCUUCGGCGUCAGCAACAUCCUCAAGAUCAUCCGCCAUCUGGAUCCCGUCCAGCGUGCCGAAGCCAUGCGCUCCAUCAUCUUCCAGUCCAACGCCCGCGCCCAUGACCCUGUCGGCGGAUGCUACCGCAUCAUCCUCGAGCUCGAGCGCCAGCUCGAGCGUGACUCCGCCGAGCUCGCCCUCGUCCUCCGCCAGCUCGCCAUCUGCCGCGCUCAGGCCCAAGCUGCUCUAUCCCCCGGCACAGCCGACCUCGGCAUCAAUCCCAAUCUCAUUCUAAGCACCGGCGAUGACACCGGCAGUGAUGCCAUCUACGGUAGCCAUCAAAGCGGCCUCGUUCUUCCGAUGCAGCAGCAGCAGCAGCAGCCACAGCAGCAGCAGCAGCAGUACUACGAUUAUUUCUAUUAUGAAGGUGGUGGUGACAACCCCAACGGCGACCAUCAUAACAAUAACAACCAUAGCAUUAGCAAUAGCAAUGGCAUUAACGGUAGUUACAAUAACGCUGGGGUCGAGAUGGAGGUGGCGACUUCGUCGGUGCUGAGCCUGCACCCGCAGCAGUGCAGGGUUGACGAGGAGGCUGUGAAGCCGCUCGUCGACAUGUUCGAGGUCAGGCAAGCGUUCCCGAUAGGGGAUGACGACGAGGAAUCCGCCAAGAAUUUUGCUGCUACGGUUGCCGAACCAUUCCAGUGCAGUGGUAAGAUAGAGUUGAAAGAAGAAUUAAACCCUAUUGAGGAUGUUCCAGAGCAUGAUCUGAAAGGCGCCGCCUCCUUAUUUACGCUCACAAAUUGUACAAGCUCUUCCAUAUGAUUUUUGUUUUUUUUAAGAU